CAUUGGCGCCGCGCCUCGCCUUGGCGCCGUGAUAACUAUGCUGGCGAGUUAUUUUUUAAUCCAACCAAUAAGAUGUUUGUGAGGAAUAUUUGCUCACCAAGAAGUUGAUAUUUCAGAUAACUAUUAUUUGCAUCCAUCCAGUGGACAAUUAGCUUAUUACAUUUGUUUUCUCUAAUGGUGAUUUUGGGAAAUCAGACCAGAAAGAUGCUAUUGUGAUAUAUAAGAUGAUUGAGGAGCUCGAAUUGAAGCUUUACCAUCCUUUCUCACUUAAUCUAAUGCGUACCCGGGAAAAUCUUUUAAAGAUAUUUAUGGAGCUGCAAGAUUGGAAGGCAGCCCUGUCAUAUUGCAGAUUGACUCUUCCAGUUUAUCAGAGAGUAUAUCAAGGAAUUCACCCUUUGCUUGGACUCCAGUAUUAUACUUGUGGGAAACUUGAAUGGUGGCUUGGAGAGUCUGAGGAAGCCUUGAAGUCACUGACUAGGGCAAUGGAUAUAUUGCAAAUCACUCACGGCACAAAAACAGCUUUCAUGAGGGAGCUCUCAUUCAAGCUGGAAGAAGCACGCGCCGAGAUUUCUUACAAGCUUUCAACAAUGAGUGACUAAAGAAGGGGGGGAAUGAAACAUAUCAGGUUUGUGUUUUUACUAAUGUUUUUUUUUUGUUGGCAUGCUUUUGUUAUUGCAAGUUGAACAUGAAGAUCUAUUUUGCACUUUUAGGAGUACCAAGCAUGGUAUAUUAUCAUAACAUGGAUUGAGAUUCUG